CAUCCAAAUAGCCAAGCCUCGAGCCCGCCCGUCGGCUAGCCAUCCGAGAAGGGGGUAAUAUAAACAAUGCACCCUGGUGUGCCGUUCGAGUGGACGGUCACGUUUUUGUCCAUGCCUGGUUGCGUGCACGGAGCUGCGGCGGGCCCAAUCCGGUCUGGACCUCUGCCCCUGUCACGGCGGCCGGGAGAAGAAGAAGCACAGAGUGGGCGAGGGUGGGUAAGCAGUGUCUCGCAGACGAGGCGCGGUAUGGUGUCGACCUUGUAUACAGGCUGUUGCGUAAUCGAGACAUCAAGUCAAAACCGCCACCCAACGAAGCCACGGUGUUGGCGGGAGGGACAAACAUGGCCGUUGCAAGCAGGAGAAAGGUGACGUCGGAACUAAACUACCACGAAGAAAGAUGUCAGUCCAGAUUAAAAUUUGCAGUAAAGAAGCUAAGGGGUAUCGGGCGAGUCGCAUUCAAACGACGGGCUUGACACGGACAACUUACCAGACAACCAAAAUGCAAAUACAAUUCCUCCAAAACA